AUGACGGAACGCGUGAGGGGAGUCUCAGUCCACCGACCAAUUAUCUACGGAAACUACUCCGUGCUAUUAACUCCGACUGAACGGGGUGCUGCUCCACCUGACCAUACACACCGGUGGACCGUCGCGGUCCGAAGUGCUGCCUCUCCCGAGGGCAAAACGGACCAAACAGGUGGCGCGGACGACCUGACACACUUUAUCAAACGAGUGAACUUCAAGCUUCACGAAACAUAUGCUCAACCUAACCGAUCCAUUGAACAACCUCCCUUUGAGAUAACGGAGACUGGGUGGGGAGAGUUUGAUAUCCCAAUCCGUAUAACCUUCGUACAAGAAUCAGGAGAAAAAGCCAUCACACUCAUCCAUCAUCUUAAACUCCACCCCUGGCUUCCCCCUGCUACACUUCCCGAUGCGACUGGUGCCCCAGUGACCGCCCCACCCACUCGCGAUCCGAUUCACGCCUGGCAAUACGAUGAAAUUGUGUUUACAGACCCACCUGCACCAUUCAUGAAGAUUUUACUCGAACACCCUCCUACACCCUUACCCAAAACGAAGCGCCGACUAGCUAACCCACCGCACAUCGCGCAUCCAGCAUCAUUAGCUGUAACCGCUCGAGGCGCUCCAGAAUUCUCGUUGGCACUGGAAAAAGAAGAGGCUGAGCGAUUAGAAGUUGCUCGAAAAAAUAUUGCCGAACAAACGGACAAAGUCCGUGCAGAGCUAAUUGAGACCGAGAAGGAAGUGGAGAAACUCAAAGCGACGCUUGCCGAGUUGGAAGGAUGA